AUGACGAUGAGAGAUGGGGUUGGAAGUGACAGGCAGGGCCAGGGAAGUCUAGGAGAGGAGGACCUGUGUGGCAUCGGGUUGGGAUUCUUUCCGGAUGAUUCUGGUCGUUUCAUGGUAACAGCAGUCAGUCCGUACACUCAAGCUCGGCAGUGCGGGGUGCGAGCUGGGGAUCAGAUCGUGAAGAUAGACGGAGAGGCGAUCGAUGAGGAGGACCCUCUCAAAGUCUUCAGGAGGGUUUUCGACCGCAAGGGGUCUGAGGUGACGCUCCUCUUUCGUUCCUCCUCCGACCUUGAGCGCAUGGUCACCCUGAAGAGGCAGCUGAACAGCCUCACUACCCAGAGCUUGCAGGACGCGUACUCCGGGCUCCCCGGCGUCUUGAUGGACUGUGGGGACUGGGAGAAGGCGAUGGAGUAUCUACGAGAGGACAUGCGGGUAGCCAUGGCGAACGAGGACAUGAAGGCAGCCGCGGUGUUCUCCUGUCAGAUGGGCAUGGUGCGGAGGCAGCUCGGCAAGAUGGAGGAGGCGUCUCAGAACUUUCAGGAUGCGAUGAACAUGGCAAGGACAGCAGGGGAUCAGAGGACAGAGGUAGUGGCGUUCGAGCGCAUGAUCGCUACUCUGAUCGAGUCCAGUGGGGGUGCUGGGAGUCUGGAUGAUGGAGAUGGUGAGAUAGAAGGGGAAAGGAUGAAGAUGAUGUCUGCGAGCGAAGGGCAGGAGGAGGUGAAGAGGAAGAGCGAGGGCUUUUGCCGGCUGUACUCCAGGGUCGGUGCAUCGAUGAUGCAGCUGCAGGGACACUUGAACAUGAAAGGGAUGUCGAGCAGGCUAUCAAGUGCAGGGAAUCGAACUGUUCUCUCCGUGAUGGUGGGAGACUCGGGGGGGCUGGACCUGAGUGAAGCAUCAAAGGUCAGAGAGUUCGUAGACUGGCUGAAAGAGCUCGACGAGGUCGACUUUGCCGAGAUCCCACGGCGCUUGCAGUCUGUCUCGAGUCGGGCGAUGCAGCAGCUCACUGAGGAGGCGGGAGUCUCCUUGGUCUGUGUCGGCUCGUCGAACAGGAGGUCGUUCUUCAUCGGGCUCAGGAGGCAAGAGGAGAAUUUUCACCGCAGCGUCCUGGUGGCACGAGGGCGGCUGCGCAGGAGGACCGCGAUGAGGAGCGGAGCCAAGGGGUUCAUGAGGAGGAGCGAGCAGGUUGAGGCUGCGUCUGAGGAGGAGGAGGCGAUUACCAACGUGAUUGAGACGCUCAAGGGAGGACAAGGAAGCAGGAUCCUCGACGUCUCCAAUCUCAGCGCCAUUAAGAGGCUUCGCAUUCUCCUCAUCCCCCGCAUCAAGCCAACGCUGAAGCGAAAGCUGGCCGACAAGCGAGUCCGCCCCAGGACUCUCGGGCAGCAGACGAAGGACAAGCGGUACGUCAUACGUCGCAACGAUCGCUGA